AUGAUUUCAACAUUACAAACAAACGCUAUGCCACAGGAACGACGAGUUCACACAUUAAAUCAACCUAUAAAUAUAAUUCAGCAAAACAAAAUGCGUCUUCCUACUAUCGAAAUUCCCAAAUUUGACGGUAGAUGGGAAGAAUGGCUGCCAUUUCGUGAUACUUUCACCUCCAUGAUUCACGACAAUGAAGCACUACCCGCCAUAGAUAAAUUGCAUUAUCUGAGAUGGUCAUUAGUAGGCGAUGCAUACAAACUCAUUGAAUCGUUGGAGGUGAUAAAUGAAAAUUAUCAAAUCGCCUGGGAAAUCGUAAACAAACGAUACAAGGGCAAUAAAACAAUCAUUCAAAAUCACGUUCAGGCAUUAAUAAACUUUCCAUGCAUUUCAAAGGAAUCACAUUCUUCUCUCAGACAAAUAGUCGAUACAAUAUUGCAACACUUGCGCACAUUAAAACGGCUAGAACAACCCACAGACAGUUGGGAUACGCUACUCAUUCAAUUAUUCAUUCCAAAAUUAGAUAGCCACACUAGAAGGGAAUGGGAGUCCGAAAGAGCAGAUAAAGAAGAACUUCCAAGCAUGGAGAACUUUAUCAAUUUUUUGGAAACAAGAUGCUCCUUCUUAGAGGCCUUAGCGCGCGCUAGCACACUUAAUCUAUCCAAAACUGUACAGAGUCAUUUGAAACAGCACACGGUUAAACAACCCAAUCAAUUACAAGCUCACGUUAGCGUAGAAGGUUCAACAUGUCCAGUUUGUCAAAACACUCACAGAAUAUUUGAAUGUCUUAUAUUCCGAAACAUGACAAUUCAAGCUCGCCUUGAGAAGGUCAAGAGCAACAAAUUAUGCUAUAAUUGCUUAAAACCAUUUCACGGUAAAAAAUGCACUCUAGGAUCUUGUAGAAAAUGCCAUAAGCAUCAUAAUACUUUACUGCAUGUAAACAAGGCUGCCGAUUCGAAUGACUCUUCCCAAGGGGCUGAGGCAAACAGAAAUGUAACAAAACAAUACGCCUCAAGCUCCGCAAUAGAAUCUAACAGCACAAGCGCGUCUAAUGCCAGCGAUACACAAUCCGUAAAUUCUCUAUCUUCUUGUCACACACAGGGUUCAUUCUCGCACGUCUUGUUGUCGACAGCAAUAAUUCACAUUCGAGAUUAUUCCAACAAGUUGCACAACUGCAGAGUCUUAUUAGAUUCGGGCUCACAGCCCAAUUUCAUCUCGCUGGAACUAUGCGAACGCUUGAAAUUGCCCCAACGAAAUACAGAUAUUAUCAUAGAUGGAGUCAAUAACGUCGCAUCCACGUCUGAAAGGGAAACAACCGCUACGAUUCAUUCCAGAUUUAACAACUAUCAAGAAACAUUGUCAUUCAUCAUCGUAAGCAAGGUCACCAACAAAAUUCCAGCCAUAACCGUGGACGUAAGCUCUUUCCAAAUUCCAUCCUACAUCAAGCUAGCAGAUCCUACGUUCCACCUGCCAGGCAAGAUAGACAUGAUUUUGGGCUCAGAAAUUUUCUGGAAGCUAUUGUGCAUUGGGCAAAUUUCAAUAGGCAAGGAAAAACCCAUUUUCCAGAAGACCAGGCUAGGAUGGGUAGUAUCUGGAACCGCAAAUGCAAAUCUUAAGCCUGAACAGGUCGUACAAUGCCAUCUUGCCCAGCAAUCAAUGUUGCACAAUCAGCUGGAGAAAUUCUGGCAGCUUGAAGAGCUACAAACGACAUCACACCUGUCCGCGAAUGAACAGAAGUGUAAAGAACAUUUCCAAAAAACACACUCACGUCAGAAUGAUGGAAGGUUUGUCGUGAUGAUCCCUCUAAAGGAUAAUUACGCUCAGCUAGGUGAGUCUUACGAAACGGCUAGACGCAGAUUCUUCAGCGUAGAGAGAAGGAUGUCCAAGCAACCUAAACUCAAGGAGCAAUACACGACUUUCAUGCAGGAAUAUGUGGACCUCGGACACAUGAAGCACGUUUCGAACCCAGUGAAUGAUCACCUGCAAACGAAAGAUUAUAGCAUUUCAUAUUACUUACCUCACCAUGCUGUUCUCAAGCCCGACAGUGAUACAACACGCCUGCGAGUCGUUUUCGAUGCGUCAGCAAAAACAAGUUCUGGGCUGUCCUUAAAUGACGUUCAAAUGGUAGGGCCUACCAUUCAACAAGAUCUAUUCAACAUCAUAAUGCGUUUUCGCCAGCAUACUUACGCCGUCUCCGCUGAUAUAUCAAAAAUGUACCGCCAAGUAAGAAUAAGUCAAGAGCAAUGUAAGUUGCAGCGCAUACUAUGGAGAUUCACUCCAGAAGAAGAAAUACAGACCUACGAGUUGCAAACCGUCACUUACGGAGAAGCUUGGUCAGCCUUCUUAGCUAUUCGUUCGCUCCAUCAGGCAGCAAGGGACUUACAGCAGCAAUAUCCAGAAGCCGCUCAAAUAAUCAUGCGCGAUUUUUAUGUCGACGACCUCUUGACCGGCGGUAACAACAUCAAUGAUCUUUUGCAACGGAAAAAAGACAUUACAACUAUUCUUCAAUCAGCCAAAUUCGAACUUCACAAGUGGAAAUCAAAUCAUCCCUUAUUAAGCCUUUAUCAGGUCGAUUCAACAGUACGAUUAGGAGAAGACACGAAGAUUCUUGGGCAAUUAUGA